GUAAUUGAUAUUAGUGCUCACCGCUACGGGUCAAAGUUUGAUAACGGCAGAGACCGACCUGCCUACUGUGCCCUUCUCUUCACCAUUCGUUUGUUUUAUAAGAACUUUCUGAUAAGCUCUUUCAGUAGGCCUACCUUUGUAAACUUCGGCAAGAAUAGUACCUUUCAAAAGACCGGAAAAAUGUCUGGACUUCGGAUAUUGGUUGGUUGUAAAAGAGUCAUUGACUAUGCCGUGAAGGUCCGCGUGAAGCCAGACAAGACUGGCGUGGUGACCGAGGGCGUGAAGCACAGCAUGAAUCCGUUUGACGAGAUCGCAGUGGAGGAAGCGGUCAGGAUGAAGGAGAAGAAGCUGGCCUCCGAGAUUGUUGCUGUCUCUUGUGGACCCACGCAGUGUCAGGAAACCCUUCGUACUGCCAUGGCUAUGGGAGCUGACCGGUCGAUUCACGUGGAGGUGGAUGCACAGAGCUACGAGGGGAUGCAGCCCAUACACGUGGCCAAGAUCUUGUCCAAGAUUGCCCAACAGGAGAAAGUGGACCUGGUCUUUACUGGGAAACAGGCCAUCGAUGACGAUUGUAACCAGACGGGGCAAAUGAUUGCUGCACUGCUGGACUGGCCACAGGCCACGUUUGCCUCUAAAGUGGAGAAAGCCAACGGAGAUCUGACAGUGACGAGAGAAAUUGACGGCGGCCUUGAGACGAUCAAGGUCAAGACGCCCGCUGUUCUGACAGCUGAUCUACGUCUGAACGAGCCUCGUUAUGCUACCCUGCCCAACAUUAUGAAAGCCAAGAAGAAAAAGCUGGAGAAGAAGAAGCCCUCGGACUACGGAGUGGAGCUGUCGCCACGGCAACAGGUUGUGAGCGUGGAGGACCCCCCGGUGAGACAGGCGGGCUCCAAACUGGACAGCGUGGAGGAACUGGUUGGGAAGCUCAAGGACUCGGGGCUGAUCCCCUCCUGAGGCCAGCCUUCUCUUCACGUCAGUUGACGGUGUGUCGUGGUGACCUGUGCGCGCCAGCGGGUGGGGCACCCAGACCUGGCACUUUGUGAUGGGCGGAGCCAGCAACACGCAGGAGGACCAGCGGUGUUUUGUUUGUUUUCCCUGAGGGCGAAUGAUGACCUUUGAACUUUGUGUGUGUCGGUGUGGCGAGGGUGAACACGGGAUGGACGCGAUGCGUGUGUGUGUCAUUGGGAAGAACUGUCGCUGAUUGGUCGUCGUGCUUGACUGGAAUAAUUUGAAUAAUUACACAGACUCUUGUAUUGUUUUGCCGUAAAUAGGAAAUUAAAGAAAGGAGUUUUUUCUCAGA